AUGCCCGACCUGAGUAAGAGCAUUUCAAUAUUUGACGGCAGUGAGGACGCGGCUUCAGCUCGUGAAUGGGUGGAGAACCUGCGGCGAACGGCGACGCUCCGUAAAUGGCCGUCACCAUUUCUGCUCGAGAGCGCCAAGUCCUACAUCACGGGAGCCGCCAAGGAUUGGCUACGCUCACGCAGCGCUGACAUCACCUCGUGGGAAGAGUUCGAGGACCAAUUUCGCCGAACCUUUGUCAGCCAGUCGCGUGCAGCGGAACGCUGGAGAAGGAUGCAGGAUCGCGUCCAGCAACGGAGCGAAAGUACAACGGCCUAUUUACACUCUAAAGUUUGUUUGUCCAAGGAGGCGGGACUUGACAUUUGCGAUACGCGGGAGCAAGUUAUCACGGGCCUGCGUUCAAGACAAUUAAGUACAAUGCUGUUGGGAAAAACCCACGACGACGAUGACGACCUCCUGCACGAUAUCCAAGAAUUUGAGAGGAUCGAAUGCGAAAGGCAAGAACGUUUUGGUGGUCCCCGUGACAAGAAGAGCAUAACCGAUGCGGCCAGUAUCCAAGACACAGGUGCGAAAUUCGCAAGAAAAACUGGCGAUUCGAGGAACACCACUGACAAACGGCCGCCACUCUCGAAUGGAAGAGGAGAACGGAAAUGUUACAACUGCAACCAGUACGGCCAGUUGGCACGGGACUGCCCCCAGCUUAAGCGACCCUUGAAGUGCCUUCGCUGCAACGGAACUGACCAUACCCAACGUCAUUGCAGAGAGGUGGCACAACCAGAGCGUCACCCCCAGGCCAACGGACAAGUCGAGCGAGUAAACCGAACAAUGCUGUGA